AUGUGGUGCACGAUCCUUGCCGUGCUUGGCAUUGCGCUGGUGUCGGUCGUCGGCUCGCUCCUGGUGAACGCCAGCUCGUUGCAAGCCGACUCUUUCUGGGCGACACAUCCCUGGCUGGCCGACGAGCGGGAGGAGGAGAAUCGUGAGGCCAUGGUGGCCGCCCGCGAAAUUGUGAGAUUUGCGGCGAGGCCAAUGAGGGUCAACGUGUCUUUGACUAGGACUACGGGGCGACGUCGGACGCCCUUGACCAUCCGUACGACCGAGAGGCCCAAGAAAGCCGCCGUGAAAAGGGUGCAUCGCCAGCCUCUCAGCCCCGUAGGCCCGAACCAUGUGUGCGGUCGCUUCUUCUACACGCACUGCACCGUGCUGAACAGGGAGGCGUACUAUAGCGCCCGCGAGGGGCGCUGCUUGCUCACCACAACCGACGCGGUGCGCGUGUGCAACCGAUCCCCCAACCGGUUCGCCAGCCUUGACGCGUGCUACAACUCCUGCGGUCGCAUGCGCGGACCCAUGGCUGAUCGGUGCUUUGAGAAGACCUUGUUCGCGGACUGCGAAAGGCAAGACGUGUGGCGCUCAUGGUGGGUAUUCUCGGGCGAAGACUGCGUUCAGUGGAGCUUUCCGCGCGGCCUGUGUCCGGACGACAGCGGUUCUGACGUGGCCAUGUUUGCUAAUCAAUCUGCCUGCGUGGAGCGGUGCCUAAUGUCCAAGGACAUCGAAAAGAACAAAGAGUGUCGACAACCGAAGGCGAAGAGCUGCACGGAGGAGCAGCUGCGAUUUCCAUAUUUCGCAGACAUCCUGGCGAGUGGCCGCGGACACUGUGUCAAAGCCACUGUGGAGAACCUGCUCAUGCACCGGUGCCUCAUAGGUGCCAACCGAUUCAACACGGUCAACGCUUGUCAAGAGGCAUGCGAGCGAAGAUAAACCUAAGUGGCUGAUCUGCAGCAAGCGCCGCUCG